AAUUUUUUAUUAUUAUAAGGGCGAAUAAGGCUCGUAAUAUCCCCCGUUUCCUUCCACUUAAUAGAAUUGAGUCGGACUAUAGAAUGGAAACAAAAACGUUUAAUCUUUGGUGCAACAUUAGAAGUAUAAGCAUAUUAUUAUUAGUGACGGACAUUUAAAUCUUAAAAGCCGGGUCACACGAGCAGUAUUUUCGUCAAUACACGUCCAGCAAUAAUCCAGCCAGGCCGAAUUCUUGCCACUUUCUGGUCACACUGAGCCAUAAAGAGAUAGCAGAGUUUCAACGUCAAUUUCGGCUUUUAGUUUUAAUAGCCGCGGGCGCCGAGCCGUAUCUGCUGCCUGCUAACAAUAAAGCCGAUCAUUUUGGCGCGAGCAAAAUGAUCGGGGCUCACCCCGACAACUGUCAAAUGCCGUGACUAUCCGGGAUGGCAUCGGGAAGGGUCCGGGCUAGCAUGUCUGUCGGGAACGUCGGUAAGCCAUCGGAAAUAACCGUGACAUUCCGGUGGGAAACCUUGGCUUUCCGCCGCUCAGCCACAGUCUGAUCACGUGUGCUGCGGACGCCUAACGACCUCAUAAAGCUGUCGGGAUGCUGCCGGGCUGGGCCAGUGACCUCCCGGCGCGGACAUCACCAUGGCCCAGCGCUCUAACGCCUCCUUGCACGUGUUGCGGGUCGACGAGCUCGAGUUAGCCCAUGCAGCAGCCGAGAUGGCUACGGAGCAGCCCCAGUCCCCCCUGCAGGAGGAAGAAAAGUGAGAUGGAUUGAUGCCCAGCAGAGCAGAACACCCUCACUAACCCUCACUGUACGAUGGCUGCUCAAAACCAUGGCAACUGAAAACCAACGGACUCCGUGGAUGACGUCACGGCAAGCUCACAAGCCCAGGCGAUGCUUGGCAGGUGGUGUUGAGGCUAAGGUGCACGGAGGCAAACUGUCGGUCAAAGUACUGAGGAUGAAACCAGUGUAUGUACGGCCAGAGGGAGGUGAAGGAGUAAAACGGCCUACUUGCUACGUGUGUGGGUGUCCACGGUGUGGGGAAUAUCCGCUGGCAGUGAGGCAGCAGGCCACAGGUCCCUACUUUCCCUUUCUUGAGACCCACGAGCCCCCUGAUGGGUCUGAGCCUCCUUCCUCCGAUGGGCGCAUUCUCUCCUGUUUCCUUUGUUAUUCGUAUUUGACACAGCAAUGGCAACUGUAUGAGCGUGACAAGGUCCCACCAGUCAAACGCAUUUAUUGGCUCAAACGAGUGGACAAUGGGCCCUUCACGGGUGUGGAAGUUGGGGUGCAAAGUGAAUAUGCUUCGCAGCUUUUGGGUCUUGCACCUGACCCACCUUCCCAGCCUUCUGAAGUUAAAAGAGCUGGAUCAGCCAGUGGGAGUGUCAGAUCACACCCACAGCCCCCACAAGCACCAUUAUCCUUGCCACUGCCACUACCUCCCCCUACCACAAUGCACCAACCAAGUCCUGCCAUGGAGGUUAAGAAAGCCAGAGUGAACGCACCUCAGCCGCAGCCUCCAAGCGUUCCUCUUCCACCCCCAGGAGUGCCCCUACUCCCCAUUGGUAUGCCCUUGCCUCAGCUUAGCACACAGCAGGAAGCCUUAGACUUAUCUUUGGAAGGCCGGCGUGGAAUCAAGCGUGAAAGAGAGGAGGAAUUACAGACACAGGACCCUGGUAGUAUAGCUCCUAGAACUGAGGUGCUGGACCUGCGCAUGCCUGACAAAAAUGCCACCACUGAAGUUUGCUAUGUGUGCGGGGAGCACUAUAAGAAGGGAACUUUAGUAGACAUAUACGCCAAACAGCAAAAUGAAAACUGCCCAUUUUUUCCAAGCCUUAUGUUACACCCUCGUCCUAGCAAAUCUCAUCCCAUGGAAGCCUCUGGGCGGGUACAAGGGUGUUGGGACUGUUUCAGACAUAUGCAGACACAAUGGGAUGCCUAUGAAACUCGAAAAAUUCCGCAUGCAGAAAGAUUUUAUUCCCUUCGAAAGAAAGCUAUACCUGUUGUUGAUGAUUCAACUGCCUUUGUAUGUUACAAGUGUGGGCAAGAAUGCCCUUCUAGUUCUUUGUGCUUGGUGUACUGCAGACCCAACUCUGAUAAGGAGCCCUUUUAUCCCUUCAUCGAGAAACUGUGUCCUCCAGAAGGUGCGUCUCCCAUCUCCCCACAGGGAUUAGUUCAGGUGUGCUCUCCAUGUUUUAAAGCCAUUCCCCAGCAACAGAAAGAGAUUCUGGGGAGAGAGGAAAAUGCUUCUAGCAACAAUGUGUUACCAGUGAGGCUGGCUGACAGAAACACAGAACAGUGUGGAGGAAGCAGCAGUCCUGUGGGACACACCCAGCCAGGACCUAGUUCUUCAAUGACAAUUGCAGAUGGUGAUUCGUUGCUGGAUGAGGCCACUUGUUAUCUGUGCCAUCAGAAUCAUUCUCGUCAGACUAUGCAUUGGCUUGCCAUGGUGGCAGAGAGCUCAAAGCAGGAUGGCAUGUACUUUUCUUUCCUGAAAUACUUACCAAGGAUUGCCCAAAACAGUGUGGUAGAAAAUGGCAGAGUCUUGGCCUGCUCCCCUUGCCACCAGCACCUCAGCAAUCAGUGGACGGAGUAUGAAAAAGACAAGGUGUCAGAAGAACACCGUCAGUUCUCCCUGAGGGCCAUUCCCACCAACUCCAUGUCACCGCGCCUCACUCCUGGGCCAACCAUCUCCUCACCUGGUGUGUCCCCGACAAAUGGCUCACCAACCCACUCCUUCAGUAUUGUAGCUGAGGCUCAUUUAAAGUCUUCCACUGAGGGAAAAAAAGUCACCUCCAGCUACACAGGACAGCCCCUUCACACACUGGAGGUGGUGCCUGCAUGCCCUGACCCUGGCACACCAACCCUCUCUGUCAUCACUACCCAGAAGGCCCUAAAUCUAGCUGCCAACUGUUUUGUGUGCAGUUUUCACUCCAAGCCAGGCCAGACAUAUUCGCUGCGCAGCAAACCCCAUGGUUCAGAGCCUUUCUUUCCCUUCCUCGCCAAGCACCAGUCUGCCCAUCCUGAAGCUCGCAUUGAUGACUCCUGUGUGCUAACUUGUCUCUGCUGCUUCCACUCCCUCAUCCUUCAGUGGCAGCGUUAUGAGAAAGAGAAGGUGGCUCACUAUGCCAGAUUAUAUGACACCUACAAUUACAUGUGCUUUAUCUGCAGUCUCAAGACAUAUCGGAAAAGAUUAUACCUUCUCCCUGUUAAGGAUUAUCCAUUCCUGAAGGAUCAUAACCGCCCCCCAGGAGGCAUGGUGGUAGACAACGGUCACUCAGUGGUGGUUUGUAAGGACUGUUAUUCCUCGCUCAAAAACCAGUACAUAGAGUUGGAGAGAUGGGGAGUUCCAGUAGAGAAGAGGCAGUACAACUGGAUACAGCGCCCUCCACCUCCUGAAUUCCAACAUGGUACUUCCGCCAAGUCUAUCCAGGUGUUCACUUCUAGUACUCUGCCCAUGGUGGUAGAGCCUGGAUCCUCAAGUCCAGGCUCCCAGCUAGGAAACUCACCCGGGGCUUUACAGCAACCAGGUGGAGGUAGUCCGAGAGGGUCUCAUGGUCCUACAUUGGGCUCUUCUAGCGCGAUGGGAGAUGGAUCAGGAUUGCAUCCCAAUGCAGCAUUGAAGCAGAAUGAAGAGCUUAUGUUGCCUGCCAAUAGUGCCUUACCAAAAUCAACUUCUAAUACAAGUGCCACUGAGGACUCAAAUGAAAUUACUGGAGGAAAUAUCCCCUCCUGCUAUGCCCCCCUUCCGCUCCAAGUUGGUAUCGCCAGGCAGGGGGGCACACAAUGCAACAACUUUGUCAAAGAACAUUCAGUGGCACCCAGUGAAGGUCUCAACUCUGGCGAUACCAAAGAAAUAAAACACACAGAACAAAAACUCCCCAAAAUGGACCAACUCACCAAUAAUCUCAGCUCCCCAAGUGUUGCAAAAACAGACAACAUGGGACAUGAAUCCUCAAGCCAAGACAAAGUCUACCAACUAGAGGACCAAGAUAAGAUAGUAUACAAGAAAAGAAGAUCUGUAAUCAGAGGCCUCACAAGUUCAGCAGUGGUAGCGAAGAGCGGUAAUAGCAGUGUCAGCAUGAGCACCAACAGCAGCAGCAGCAGCAGCAGCAGCAGCCCACAGAUCCCAAGGUCACCAUGCACACAACUCCUUGCAACAUCUCCUGAACUCCAGACAAAAUGUUCAUAAUCAGGAAGAAGAAUAUUCAUAGUUUUAAUUAAAAAAUUGUUAAGUUACAAAUUGUCAUCAACAUUUCAUGUUUACUGCAAGCUGUUUGUAACAAGUAAAAUGGAAAACUGAUUUUUGAUCAUGAAGGUAAAGCUCACAUAAUGGUGUGUGUGUGUGUGUGUGUGUGUUCAUUCAUGCAUGUGUUCAGGUGUGUUUGUGAGAGAGAGAGAUUGAUUGAACUGAACAAUGAUUAGAUACCAGAAAGGUACUAGAGUAGUUUAAAGUAACAAUAAUAAUAUCUUUCUUAUGAAAGAACAUUUCUUACCUAGAAUCUAGGUGACUACUCUUUAGGUAUGUAUACUGUAUAGACAUGACUAGCAGCUUUUUUUCCCAUUUUAUGUACACACUGUUGUGUUGUAUGUAUCCAUAAAGAAUUCAAUGUCCUUUAA